CUAUAUCUAGGCACGCGUAAAUAUUGGGAGGAUGCUUCAUACAUGUCAUAAAGUUUGCGUUGUGCUUGUGUCGAGCGAAAAUGGUCGGAUUUUGACAGAUUUGGAGUCCGAAAUAUUAAUGAAGCCCCAACACUUUGACUUGAGCAUUCAAGGAAGCCAUUAGGAGGUGAUAAAGCUGACUUCAAUGAUGACGGAGGCAGAGCUUGCUAACCGUCAUGCCAGGGAGGACCUCGCGGCAUGCUACCGUGGCAUGGACUAUUACGGGCUUGGAGAGGGAAUAUGCAACCACCUGUCACUGCGAGCUCCUGCGCGCAGUGGCAAGGGAGAGGUUAUGUUACUGGUGCCUUAUGGGAUACACUGGAGUCAGAUGACAGCAAGUUCUCUGAUAGGUAUUGAUAUGGAGACCCAGGAAGUCGUUGAGGGUAAAGGGAACGGCGAAGAAAACGCUGUAUCUGCUCACCUAUCAAUAUACAAGGCCAUGAAGGACGUCAGGUGUGUCAUGCAUAUCCACCCACCUUACGCUACUGCGCUGAGUUGUUUAAAGGAACCCUGGCUCAAAAUGAUUCACCAAACCUGCAUGCGAUUCUAUGGCAAAGUCGGCUAUGACUUGCAGUUUGGGGGCACUGUGGCCAUGGGCAACGAAAGUACCAGGCUGGCUGACAAAAUGGCGGGACGCCAGAUCUUGGUCAUGGGCAACCACGGAAUUAUGGGAAUCGGCAAGUCAGCAGGUGAAGUCUUUGAUAAUCUCUACUACUUUGAGAGAGCUGCCAUGAUCCAGAUGCUAGCAGAUGCAACGGGUAAGGAACUCGCCGUGGCUAGCAACGAGGUUGCCCAGGGAGUAGCAGAGUAUACUGACAAUUAUGGAGACUCCUUCAAAAUUGACCAUCUAGAAGCCCUCAAAAAAGUUCUGGAAAGGAAGGAGCCUAAUUUUCGUCUAUAGAUGGGUAAACUCUGAAGGAAACUAAACAGACAUUAACUCAGGGCCUUCAACGAUUGGAGGGGGCGUGUCCGAUACAGAGAUCUUUGGCUACACCCAUGUUCUCUCGUUUGUUCACAUGGCAGACAGAUGCUUGCAAAUGCCACAGGCAAGAAGUAUGCCGAGGCUACCAAGGAAGUUACCCGAGGAGUAGCCGAGUACUUCAAUAGUUUUGGGGACUCCUACAAAAUUGAUCAUCUGGAAGCCAUCAAGAAAGUUCUGGCAAAGGAGGAGCCUGAUUUCAUUCACAGACAGUCGUAUCAGGACCAAACUAAACAGACAUGAUUUCAAUUCUUUAGAGUAUUCAUUGGUGUUAAUAAACUUUUAAAGCACCUGUCGAAUCACUUCAUUUGCCUUUUUAUUUUUUUGAUACAGACAUUAACCAACAACUGAUGUUGACGGUUAGAAUCCAACCGUAGGUAACAUUAAUGUUAGGAUUGAUUUGUUAAUGUGAAAAUUGUGAGUGCGCAACUGUAGUCAUUAUUGAUAGUAAGCAAGUGAGCCUCUUAGGCCAAAAUUAUCAAAAUUAGGGAACCAGUAAUUUAACAAAGACUGUGAUGAUGUCAGUUGAUGAGGGGUGUUAACUCUCAUAAAUAAUAAAGUAAAAUUGAGCAGACCCCCCCCCAUUUAGUUUUUUUUAAUUUCUCACUAGGCCAGUUUUUCACCUGUUUAUCUGUGUCACUGGCCUCCCUGGAAGUGCCAUUUAAGGACACACUGCUUGAGGCAUGCACGAGGAUUAUCCCCACGGCUUGUUCAGUCGUUCUCUUGUCGCAAACUAUAGAGGGUCUGCUCAUUUGACGUCACAGUCGUGCUACAAGCUAGUGGCUGCUAAAACUAUGGCUGGCCGUCGGUACAAAAGUAAAAUAAUAAUUCGCAAAGUGUGAAAAAUCUUACCAAGCUAUCUGACCAACAGGUAGUAAUAUUCGCACUACCAAAUAUUAAAUGAGAAUACAAUUCAAUUGACAAAACGUCUAUUCUGAACGGAAUUGGGGUAAAUUGAAAACCAGUCAAAAGGUGAUAUUUCUGCAAACUUUGGCCGCCCAUAGUGUAGCCAGCAUAAGAUCUGAGAGUGAUCAAUAUUGUCUAUUAUGAUGUCAUCCGUCUGUGCAUAAUUAUCGACGAACCAGGCCGCUACUUGAGUGGCACGUACAUAGCAACGUGUAUACCAGUGUUGCUAGGGAUGACAUUGUUUUGACUACACUGUCAGAGCCUGCCAUCGGUCCCUACGCAUUCUGCUUGCAAUGCAUAUUGUACACACUGAGUGGGAUUCAACCUUCCUCAGCCUAACCUCCUAGUUCUAGGAGCUGUCUUGCGGUGAAACUGAAAGGCUCUUUUUUUGUCUUGGAGGAUUUUAUGACUAUAAUUUUGGAUCUAAAGGAGGAACAUUGAUAGUUCUAGAGGCUUCAUCAACAUGUCAUGCAAUUUAUGAAAUGAAAUAAAAUAGCUAUAAUUAUA